GUCUUCUUCUUCUUCUUCUUCUUCUUCUUCUUCCUCCUCGUCUUGUCUUUCUUCUCUUUGCGCCCUUCGAUCGAGAGCGUCCUGGUUGCCGCUCUCACUCGUCCACGUAGAUCGUCACUUACCGCCCUGCCCUACCAGCUUGACGCCCGUAAGGCACCGACAAGGCACAAGGCAUCGCUUGCUGCUGUCCUCGCUCUCUUCAGUCACUCGGACUCGAAUUCGAACUCGACGAGACGGACCAUCCCACCCUCAUUUUGAUACUCGACCGACGUCGUUUCCGUCUUAGCUUACGCUCUUUUUUAUCGCAUAUUCUUGCGCUUUCACUCAUUCUCCGUCGCGGAUCUUCUGCGUUUGCGCCAUUUCUCUCCGCCAGUUGAAGGACCAACACCGACAAACGGCGCAAGAUCCCAUCAUUUUAAAAAGGCCGCCGACUACUUCUGCCAUCAAUUCACUUCUAUCUACUUCCUUUAUCAUCGCAUCACCCGGCUGCCUGUUUGAUAUACAGGCAAAAUGUCCGCUGCAGUGUCAUCCUCGCUCGGCCGCGCUUUUACCAAGCGUCAGAAGCGGCCAGAGGUGUCCGCCCCCAUGCCCUUCCGCGAAGGGCAGCCUCGUUUCGCCGCCGGAACCAUCAAGCGAUCCAAGAUAUCAGCGCCAGUCGAGCUGCUGUCCACCACAAACCUGCUUGCAUACACUGCACCAGACAUCCAGAAACAUGGCAACCAUGGACACAGUCACAAGAACCAGCCAGUUAUCUCGCGACCCAUCAUCCAACGCCAACAUUCAAACCUCCAGCAUUCCACCUCUUCUUCUUCCUCCUUCCGAUCAGCAGACGAGUCCGACGCCAGUAACUCGUUACACACCCCCAGCACCACAAUUACCUCUCCGUCGCUUCCAGGUUCGACAGAGGCCUCGCCUAUUUUGCGAGACAACGGCCACCAAAACUUGACCGGCUACUUCGACCAGCAAAAGGAUGGCCCACCAAAAGCACCACAAACUUCCCUGGAACAGAGCGCUCCUCCACCUUCCAUCCCCACCCGUGCACUUAGCCAUACCAAGAAGUCACACCAGGAACUCUCUCGCCAACGGUCAAACUCGUCAAACGCCUCGGCGGGUCGACGCACCCCAUCCUUAUCCAACACGUCUUCUCCAAACCCCACCUCGCUCUCCUCUGCCCACGCCGCACACUCCGCCGCCGCCGCCUCCUCCCGCUCACAUGCACAAGACGUUCAUGCUCACCCAUUCGGCAAAGAGUUAGAACAAGUUAACGAGGUCGCAGAGGAGUUCUCGGCUGGUCAGCUUUUCCGAGACGAAGAUGAGAAGAUCCUCGUUGCAAGGGGUCUCGUCAAAGUCGAUGUAGUAGAGUACCUUGAGGAAGUCAAGGGCGUGUACGCCUACGUCUUUGGCGGGGAUGUCGCCAAGCGGGACUGGAUCUGAUACUCGACCCUGGUUCCACAUGUCUUGAGGAGUCGUGCAAUGUUAAACGGUGGCUGAUUUGAUACCCUUUUUCUCUCCUUUUCUCGUCCCUGUUUUUUCAUUUCUGUUCUGAUGGGUCAUUAUUUCAUGUGAUAUCAUACCACUUUAUUCCCUCCCUUCGAUUCUCAUGCCAUGCUCUGAAAUGUGUGAUGUGUUAUCCUAUUCCCAACAAUUUCUCCCCACAUCUAUUAUGCUUCGAUUCUCAGUCAAAUACCUUGUUUAUACUUGUAUGCAAGUCAUCUUUAUUAUUGAUGAUUUACCUUUUUCCUUUUGCCUGUGCACUUGCUGGUGGCUUGUGCUGUGCAUGCUUGAUGCAUUUACCACAACGUCAUUUUGCAGCCGCCAUCACACUCUCUUUGUGUCAUAUUUAACUACUUUUUCCUUCUUGUCCAUUAUUUUAUUUUAUUUACUUUUUUUAGACCAGAAUAUGAUAACUCAUCAAUCAAACA